AGAGAAAGCCAAUAUAUAUAUAUAUAUAUAUAUAUAUAUAUAUAUAUAUAUAUUACUUGGGAGGAAGCAGUGGAUUGUUCUUUUUCCCUAUCUCUUCUAUCUUCUAGUCAAGCUCCGGACAACAUCGAUGUUGUGUAUUUAGGAACAUAUUGGUAUGCACGGUUAAAAUUGUCCCUCUACGUAUACACAAUGCCGAAAAGAAAAAGAAAAGCUAUGAUUAAGCCGCAAGGAGGUGAUAUGUGGAGAUUCAGUCAUGGAAGACACAAAAGAGCAAGAGCUAGGGAAUGAUGGUGAGCUCCAAGAAUUGCUUUCAUCUCUUCCUAAAGAGAGAAACUGGGAGGGAAGCACUCUUCUUCUAUACAAAGGUUUUUGGUAUCCUCUAUUUGCAUUUAAAGCUUUAAUUUCCUUCCAGAAACACUUCCAUGCUCAUGAUAAAGAUAUAAUUGUCGCCAGCAUGCCCAAAUCAGGCACUACUUGGUUGAUUUCUCUUGUUUACAUGAUCAUAAACCGCAGUCUUUAUGCCUUUAAACUUAAUGAAUGCCCUUUGCUCACUUCAAAUCCUCAUGAUCUUAUUCCUUUUCUAGAACUCAAUCUCUACUUGAAAAACCAGCGCCCUGAUCUUGAAGCUAUUCCCGACCCAAGAACAUUUACUACGCAUACACCUUAUAGCUCCUUGCCAACUUCCAUUAUUGAUUCCAAUUGUAAGAUUGUUUAUGUGUGUAGAAAUCCUAUGGAUCAGUUCAUCUCCUAUUGGCGAUUUUUGCUCAAGAUUAAACCCAUUACUGAUGAUCAAACUUCUCUGGAGAAAGCAUUCGAGAUGCACUACAAGGGAAUCCAUAGCUUUGGACCCUUUUGCAAUCAUGUUUUAGAAUAUUGGAAAGCAAGUCAAGAAAAUCCUGACAAAGUCUUGUUCUUGAAAUAUGAAGAGCUCAAAGAAGACAUCAUAGGAUGCACGAAAAAGCUGGCUGAGUUCCUGGGAUUUCCCUUUUCAAAGGACGAAGAGGAACAAGGUAUUGUAGAAGAAAUAACGAGAAUUUGUAGCUUCGAAAACCUCAAGAAUUUGGAUGUGAACAAGAAUGGUAAGCGCCCUUCUGGAGCUCCAAACGAUGCCUUUUUCAGGAAAGGCGAGGUGGGAGAUUGGAGCAAUCAUUUGACACCUUCAAUGGCAGAGCGUAUGAUCAAUCUUCUUCAGGAAAAGUUGAAGGGCUCUGGUUUGAGUUUCGAUCUAUCCUGCAAAGUCCAGAAAAAAGCCUAGCUCUGCAAGCCUGGUGAGGGUUCUCUGCUGUAUAUAUGUGUGUGUGUGUGUCAUAUCACGUUGCUGCAUGCAUUAUCUAGCCUAUUUCUAUACAUGCAUAUGCUCUGGCUUCCAUGGCUUUAUAUCCUUCAAUCCUGAAUAAGAGAUCCGUUAAAGAUCAUGGUGUAAUAUUUAGACUAUCCAGUACAAGGCCAGGGGAGACCAACAAUCAAUCAAAUAUGACUCGAUGUGUGUUCUUAUUGUUUCUUAAUCACUUAUGUUUUUGUUUUUCACUA